UUGUAUACAGAUGAAAAUAAUGGUAAAAUCAUGAAAGAAUUUGUGGGUUUACGAUCCAAAAUGUACGCUUUUAACUUAGAGAAUAAGACUAUAGCCAAGGCAAAAGGGGUAAAUAAAUGUAUCACUAAAAAGAUGACAAUGAAUAGUUAUAAGUCUUCUCUAUUUAAUAAAAAAGUGCAAUAUUAUAGUAUGCUUAGAUUUAAAUCAAUUAAACACACAAUUUUCACACAAAAAUUAAAUAAGAUAGGUUUAUCAUAUAAUGACACAAAGAGACAUAUUUUAGAUAAUAAUAUUGAAACAUUAGCUUGGGGUCAUUAUAAACUGCGUUAA